CUCGAUUAGUCACGUCUGUCGGGGAAAUACAAGUCAAGCUGGCUGACUAAAACUAGCUAGCGUAGCAACUAGUAAGAUAAUAUUUAACCGACCUGGCAACAAGUAAAUAUGUAACAUGUUAUAAACUUGGUUAAAACAUAUCCCGAAAGUGCUGAACUAAGAGGACUGUCUGCUCUGGCCGCCUGUGGGAAGUGAGGAUGGAAAACUCUGGCUAUGUUGAGAGCUUUCCUGACAUGCACACGGCCACUAGCAGUGAUGAGGAUCUAGUGGAAAUUGCUGGGGUCACUCUGGAUUUCUCCAGUACUGAAGAUGUACCUCCUUUAGACCGGGACUUUGGAUCAGGUGCAAGUGGAGCUGGGAAUGGACUUAAUGGGGUUCCUAAGCUGAUGGAUCUUCUAGACGAGCCAGUGCCUGGAGUGGGCACUUACGAAGACUUCAACACUAUAGAUUGGGUGCGGGAGAAAUCCAAAGACCGGGAUCGUCACAGAGAGAUUGCCAGUCAGAGCAAAGAGUCUACAUGGGCUUUAAUGAAGAGCAUCAAUGACGCAUUCUCUGGUUGGCUUCUCAUGUUAUUCGUUGGACUGAUGUCAGGUGCUCUAGCUGGUGGGAUCGACAUCUCUGCUCACUGGAUGACCGACCUCAAGGAAGGAGUAUGUCUCAUUGGCUUCUGGUUCAACCAUGAACACUGCUGCUGGAACUCCAACGAGACCACAUUCCAGGAGAGAGACAAGUGUCCGCAGUGGAAGAGCUGGGCCGAGCUCAUGAUUGGCAUCAACGAAGGGCCCUUUGCUUACAUCAUUAACUAUUUGAUGUAUGUGUGCUGGGCUCUGCUCUUCUCCUUCCUUGCAGUGUCUCUGGUUAGAUCCUUUGCCCCUUAUGCCUGUGGCUCUGGUAUCCCUGAGAUUAAGACCAUUCUCAGUGGUUUCAUUAUUCGCGGUUACUUGGGCAAGUGGACCCUGAUGAUUAAAACAAUCACACUGGUGCUGGCUGUGUCCUCUGGCCUGAGUCUGGGCAAAGAGGGACCACUGGUCCAUGUGGCCUGUUGUUGUGGAAACAUACUGUGCCAUCUUUUUACCAAGUACAGAAUGAAUGAGGCCAAAAGACGAGAGGUGCUGUCUGCUGCUGCUGCAGUCGGCGUUUCAGUGGCAUUUGGUGCUCCUAUCGGAGGAGUUUUAUUCAGUCUGGAGGAGGUGAGUUAUUACUUCCCCUUAAAGACACUGUGGCGUUCUUUCUUCGCCGCUCUUGUGGCAGCCUUCACGUUGCGCUCCAUCAAUCCAUUCGGAAACAGCCGGCUGGUGCUGUUCUAUGUGGAGUUUCACUCCCCCUGGCACCUUGUCGAGCUGGUGCCCUUUGUGCUUCUGGGCAUCUUUGGUGGCAUCUGGGGCGCUUUCUUCAUUCGGGCAAACAUCGCUUGGUGUCGGCGACGCAAAACAACACGCCUGGGCCACUACCCAGUCUUGGAGGUUUUGGUUGUGACGGCACUCACAGCCGUGUUGGCUUUUCCCAACAGCUACACGCGCAUGAGCACCAGUGAGCUCAUUUCAGAGCUGUUCAAUGACUGUGGCUUGCUCGACUCCUCUCAACUGUGCAAUUACGCUAAUGUAACUGACAUUAAGAGCAGCAGCAACACCCUGCCUGACCGACCUGCUGGCCACGACGUCUUCACAGCCAUGUGGCAACUGGCACUGGCGCUCGUCUUCAAGGUGCUCAUCACCGUGGUUACCUUUGGCAUGAAGGUUCCCUCAGGUCUCUUCAUCCCCAGCAUGGCUGUGGGGGCGAUUGCAGGAAGGCUGCUGGGUGUGGGCAUGGAGCAGCUGGCAUAUUACCACCAUGACUGGGUUAUCUUUAAGGGCUGGUGCUCACCUGGGGCAGACUGCAUCACACCAGGCCUUUAUGCAAUGGUGGGAGCUGCUGCGUGUUUGGGUGGUGUAACUCGGAUGACGGUUUCCCUGGUAGUCAUUAUGUUUGAGCUGACUGGAGGUUUGGAGUACAUUGUGCCCCUAAUGGCUGCCACCAUGACCAGUAAGUGGGUGGCAGACGCACUGGGCCGCGAGGGCAUCUAUGAGGCCCACAUUCGUCUGAACGGCUACCCUUUUCUAGAGCCCAAAGAGGAGUUCAGCCACAAAACACUGGCUAUGGAUGUUAUGCGGCCUCGUCGUAGUGACCCCCCACUCUCAGUCAUUACACAGGAUGACAUGAGCGUAGAGGAGGUUGAGACUCUCAUCGCUGAUACAUCUUACAGUGGCUUUCCAGUGGUGGUCUCACACGAGUCUCAGAGGCUGGUGGGCUUUGUGCUGCGCCGGGAUCUAAUAAUUUCCAUAGAAAAUGCUCGGCAACGACAGGAGGGCGUGGUGAGCACAUCACCGAUUUUCUUCACAGAGUACACGCCACCUCAACCCCCUAACUCCCCCCCUCCCCUGAAACUACGUGGCAUUCUGGACCUCAGCCCCUUCACAGUUACUGAUCACACAGCCAUGGACAUUGUGGUGGACAUCUUCCGCAAACUUGGGCUGCGCCAGUGUCUCGUCACCCAUAAUGGACGCUUACUGGGAAUCAUCACCAAAAAGGACAUUUUAAAGCACAUGGCUCAGAUAGCCAACCGUGACCCAGACUCCAUCCUCUUUAACUGAAAGCUGGCUUUUGUAAUAUCAACCUCCUCUCCGAAUGUGUCCUCUCAAAAAAAAAAAAAAAAAAAAAUCAAAAAACACCUGUCUGAUUUGCACUACAGACGUCAGUGCUAUGUUGGGAGUGCACUCACACUGUGACGGUCGUUUUCAGGUCCAAGGUGGACACCUCAUGCACUACAGCUUAAUCGUUAAACUUGGCCAGAUUAUGACUCCUGGUUAUGAAGUCCUGGUUUCCAAGUUGCAAGUAGCUAAUUUGUCAUAACAUACCAUGACUAUCAGUUCGUCCUGAAGAAAACGAGUGACGGGUUAGCUGAGUGGAUAUGCAUGCACAAUCCCAGUCAUACACAUUUCUUAAUGUAGCUAAAGUAUAUUUAAAUUAGUACAAAAUGAGGAUAAUUGUGUUGUGAGCUAAAUCCGUGAUUGAGUUCAUUCUUUAUUGAAUACAGCUCACGGAUGUGUGGUUGGAGACACAUUACAAGCAAUUAAUAAUUCAUUUCAUCUUACUGAUUUGCAAUAUUUCUGUCAUUAGUUUUGACAUAACUUUAAUGAAUGAGCUAAAAACCCAGCAUCAGGUAACUGCAUGUGGACAUCUGUAUUUGUUUGGGUCUGCAUAAAUGUUCAUGUUUUUUACAUAACUGUGACUUUGACCUCUUGAGCAGGUAGCUAAUUGUUUAUGAAGGUUAAAAAGAAACAGGUUUACAGCAUUGUGAAAUAUGGGGAUAAGGUGAUUUUAAGGGCGUUUUCCUUCCCCCUUUACAGGUGAGUCCCGUGGGGGUUUGCACAUUUACACGUUCAAAAUCUUCUGAUCUUAACCCCUUAUGAGUCGAGUCUGCAGGGCAGCUGGGCAUUCCACUUAGACUUCAUUGGCUGUUUUGUGGCAUCAUAUGGAUUUAUAACUGGGUUUGACUGUUCUGCCCGGUUGCUUGACCACUGUUGUCCUUAUAUAUAUAUAUUCUCUUUACUGGAAAUCUCUUUAACGAUUGCUUUAAUUGUUGAUAUUUGUCAUGUUAAUCAGCACAGCCCAGUGGUCAUGCACCAAUCAUAUACUAUGUCAUUUUGUUAUAUUUUCUUCAGGUGUGUUUAGACAGCAUAUGAUCAAUUGUAGCAGUGGUCUCUCCACUUGUUAAAAAAAUUGUAUUACACUAUAUUCCUCAGGAUAUGAUGUAUGCAUGGUUGAAAACUUUACCCAUAUUUUAACCACAUCCUUAAUCUCGGUGUUGAAGAUAAAGCUAUUUUAAAAUAUCUACAUCUUAUCCAAAGCAUUAGUUACAUGAAGUGAAGGUUGGAGGUGUCUGAGUGUGUUUCUGACUGUUCUAAAUGGCUGCCUGUUGCCACUGCUCUCAGUCAGGUGCAUAAGCCAAUGCUCUUAUUGUUUACGUCCUCCAAAGACACAUUCAUACAUAUUGCUUUAAGCUGUUCAUAAAUCCAUCAAGGGCUAGGGUUAUUACCAGUAUUUAUAUACACAAAACCUGAUUUCCAGAUCAGGUUUUUGUUUUAACACACUUGAGAGCUCUGAAAGCAAAUUGUGUUGGAUCUGCCCCUUUAAUCGCAGCUGUCCUUAUGUACCACGGUCUGACAUCAACUCAUCUGUUUUCAACUUACCGUGGACCGCACUACAGAUCUGCAUACAUCACAAGGCCACUUUUUUUGCCAAGCACUCCAUUUGAAAAGAGCAUUUUGGUACUUAUCUUGUCUUAAGAAUAUAUUGUCUUUAAUCAAAUGUUUGUACUUGUUUAAUUCUGAUUUGUGUAUCUAUUAUGAAGGUUUAUGUAGUCCUCUAAAAUACGAAUGUAUCAUUAUCACAGUAAUUUAUUCAUUAACACUUAUAAGCCAAGUUCUGAUUUGAUCUCCUGUGAUUCCAUUGUCUCUAAAUGUGUCACUGUGGAAAAAAAAAGUUGUUUUGCACUUU